AUGUCUCAAUCUCACCAAGAUGGUGAGUGGACGAGAAGGGACAGUGCCGUCAGGCGAGGGCAACUCAGCAUCCCGUCAGACCAGGGUAACGCAAUCGAAGUGCGAGCCUUGAGAAGUUCGAUCAGCGAUGCAGGCUCACUAAUGCAUAACCUGAGCCUAUCCCCCUCGUUUCAGGAUAGACGGGGAUCUCGGAAUUCUUUUGGUAUGGCUCUGCCCAUUCCAAAGUCCCCACGAGCUUCACGACUAUCCGGCUCCCGUGAUCCCGCAAGUCUGAAGCGGGAUGUCCUUGCUUCACAGCUCCAGGACAUGGCCAAGGAGAAGGUGGAGGCGGCCAAAAAUAUGGCAUUCGCUUUCGACAUUGAUGGCGUGCUGGUUCACGGCAGCAAACUUAUCCCCGAGGCUGCUAGAGUGAUGGAGGUAUUGAACGGAGACAACGAGCUAGGAAUCAAGCUACCCUACAUAUUGUUGACCAACGGCGGAGGCAAGACUGAGAGUGCCCGAGUUGAUGAACUUUCUGGAAUUCUCAAAUCACCAAUUUCCACCGAUCAGUUCAUCCAAUCCCACACACCCAUGCAGGCCUUGUCCGAAUACUACGAAACUGUCCUUGUUUGUGGCGGUGAGGGAUUCAAAAUCCGACAGGUGGCAGAAGAGUACGGAUUCAAGACCGUGGUUCACACUAAGGACGUCCAAGCAUGGGACCCUACAAUCUCCCCCUGGAGCAAACUGACGGAGGACGAACGUAAACAAGCCAAAAUUCGCGACUUCGACAACAUGAACUUCGACGCUAUCAUGGUAUUUGCUGACUCAAGAGAUUACCAAACCGACAUGCAGAUCAUCAUGGAUCUUCUCCUCAGCGAAAAUGGCCGGCUGAAAACGAAGGCGAAGAACCCCCUUGCCAACCAGAUCCCAAUCUACUUCUCACAAGGAGACUUGAUUUUCCCUACCGAGCACGCCCUUCCACGUUUGACACAAGGCGCAUUCCGCAUUUCUAUCGAAUCCCAGUACAAGACCCUCACAGGCGGAGACCUCGAGCGUGUUGUAUACGGUAAACCAGAGCUUGCAGCGUACAAGUACGCAGACACAGUGAUACAGCAAUGGAUGAAGGAAAUCCAUAACGAACACAUCCUACCCAAGAACAUCUACAUGAUCGGUGACAACCCUCAGUCUGACAUCUGUGGCGGCAACAUGUAUGGCUGGAACACUUGUUUGGUCCGCACUGGUGUAUUCCAGGGAGGCGAUAACGACACCAACAACCCAGCAAACUUCGGUGUUUUUGCCAAUGGCCUCGACGCCGUCCAGGCCGCAGUGAAGAAGGAACUUGGGCACGAGUUCAAGCUAAAGUGGCAGGAUGAGUUCAAUCCCGUCAUCCAGCCUGGUGGGGUUUCCGCAAUCGAGUAG